GCACUCUUGGAUUUGACCGUAUUGCCUCUGUUGACUAGAGAUCGCUGAGGCGUCUUGUUGGAAAGCAAAUACACGUCUUUUGGUUUUCUGUCCUAUGAUGCUUAAAUUUACUUUUCACUAUAUUUGUUAUUCUUACUCGGACAUAUAACAUUUUUCUUCGCUCGGACGGGAAUAUUCGGUGUUUUUUUGUGGGACCAUUCAAAUUGUGCUCUGCCGGUGCACGGACUGAAGGAUUUGAAAGCAGGACUGCACGCGCGUUACGGUUCCGAGUCUGAAUGUAUCGCACGUUGUAUUCAACUUCGAAAAAGUUUAACAUUUUCACCAGGAGGAUUGGUUUAUACCUUUAUUGUAAGGUGUGCUGAAUUGUUUCGGUUUAUUUUCCGCGACUCAAAGAAAAACACUGCUAAUGACGUUAUAACGUUUGAUUUCUAUUCGAAUGCGUGCUGCAAGAAUAUGCGGACAUUAAGCUGAGUAAAAUAACACACCGUAUUUAUACAGUAGCUGUUAUAUACCUAUCCUGUGCAGUGCGUAGCCCAAAUAUACAACCAUCUCGAUACAAUGACCUGGAGCUGAGACUGGAAAUUGAGGAUUUCCUCCGAACUAACAGAAGAGCGGUUCGGAUUGUCGGAACAUGAAGUCAGUUACUGGUCUGUUUGUUUUAAGUGUGUUGGGUUCGGCCAUCGUGUCCAGGAGCGCAACUAUCAACAGCCAUGAAGUAGACAUGUCUAAGUUGGUUUCCCGAGAUUUUGGGGGCAUUUAUAACCUCAGCACCUUCCUAUUGAAUGCUUCAUCCGGGAUGCUGUACCUCGGUGCGCGGGAUGCUGUCAUUGCCGUGGAUACUGCUGAUUUUUCAAAGAGGAAGAUGAUUGAGUGGAGUGUUGCAGAAGAAAAGAGAAACUCUUGUGUUGCCAAGGGAAAAACCAAGGACGAUUGCAAGAACUACGUCCGCCUGCUUGAGUUUUCGGAAGAUGGACGGAUAUAUGCCUGUGGAACCUUCGCUUUCGACCCCCAAUGUGUCUUUAUUGACAUCUCUACAUUUUCACUGGAGAAGCUUGAGGAUGGUAGUGUGAAGAUGGAGACGGGGAAGGGAAAGUGCCCCUUUCAACCCACUCAGCGCUAUACUGCUGUUAUGGCAGGAGGGAUUCUUUAUACUGCCGCCACUAGUAACUUCCUUGGCACAAUGUAUGAUAUUUCCAGGGCAACGGGCAUCGAGCAGGAACGCAUCCGGGUUGAACAAUCCAUCAACUGGCUUAGUGAUCCAGAGUUUGUCAGUUCUGCCUUCAUCCAAGAGAAUGGGCCGAACAACCCCACCGGUGAGGAUGAUAAAAUUUACUUCUUCUUCACUGAAGUGGCUAAAGAGUAUGACCUUUACACUAAAGUCAAAGUUCCCAGAGUGGCAAGAGUCUGCAAGUCUGAUGUAGGUGGUAUGAAAACUUUGCAGAAAAGGUGGACAACGUUUCUGAAGGCCCAGCUGGUGUGCGAAGAUCGAGCAAGUGGACAGCGAUUUAACGUUCUGACAGAUGUCUUUACUCUACAGCACCAGCCUGGAGACCCCAGAAGCACACACUUUUAUGGGAUAUUUACCUCACAGUGGGAACGGGAGGAGCUUUCUGCAGUGUGUGUGUACAGUUUGGAGGAGAUCACAAAGGUGAUGAAUGGUCCCUAUAAAGAGCUAAAGAAGAGCUGUGAGAACUGGAUUAACCCAGAGCCCAUACCAACCCCACGACCAGGACAAUGUUUAAACAGUGCUCUGAAGCAGCAGGGCUAUGAGUCCAGCCUGAAGCUGCCGGAUAAAGUGCUGACGUUUGUUAGGGAUCACCCGCUCAUGGAGAACAGUGUGGUGGCAGCACCGCUGAUGAUCAGGAAUGGCAUCACAUACACUAAACUUGCUGUUAAUUUGACAACAGCACCCAAUGGUUUUAAGCAACAAACGGCCACUGUUUUGUAUCUUGGAACAGAUCGUGGAGAGCUACACAAAGUUGCUGUAGUUGGCCCGAAUGCAACUCUUAUUGAAGAAAUCAGCUUGUUUUCUGCACAAGAGCCAGUGAAUAACAUAAUGUUAUACGAGAAUGAGGCUCUGGUUGGUUCUCCUCUCUCGUUGGUGAAGUUACCAGUAGUGGGUUGUUCACCGUACACUUCCUGUGAAGCGUGUGCACGUGCCCAUGUCCUUGGCUGUGUGUGGAGGCAUAAAGCUUGUGCUAUGGCAGGACCCGGUGACGUUGUAGAUUUGGUCAGCCAGUGCAACAAUGGUGAAGGUCAUUGCUCGCCACCAGUAAUAGAAAUGCGUGUUGUAGAGGGUCUGCGCGUUCUGCUUUCUUGCGUGCAAGUGUCUCCACGUCCGUGCCGCUGGGAAUCUCCUCCACUUAGCCAAACCCGCAGCCACAACUAUGACCUAGAGGUGCAGGUCACGGCGGAGAGCCUGGGCAACUACUUUUGCUUAUGCGAAGAAGUAGGAAGAGAUCAGCCACCCUGUCGCAAAGCAGCGUACCACCUCACUCUCGACAACCCCAGAGUUGGGGAGACUGUGGCCAUUGCUGGCGGCCGUCACUUCCUGGCCUUACCCUUCAUUUUAUUCAUUAUAGGUGUUAUUUUUGGCGUUAUAUUGUUAUUUAUGUUUAACAAGCGGAAGGGUGGCAAGAGGGGUGGCGGGCACUCAUCCUCCACUUUAGAAAAGGGACGAGACUUGCUUCCUUCUACAGACACUCCCCAGUCUCCGAGCAGUGCCAGUCUGUUUUCGGAAGCCGUUCCUUUAACGGAAAAACGGAACGGUACUCUGAACGGACACAGUAUGCACGCAGUCGGCCGCAACAGCCUGCAUACUUACACCAACUCAAGUGGACUAAAACUGCAGGAGUCGGCUGUUAACCUGGCCGAUGAACUGGACGGUAGAGAAAGGGCGGGACCAGAUGGAGAGGAGGAGGAACUUGGGAUGGACCUUAGUGAGUUGGAGGAGGAGUUAUCCAAGCUGCCACUUCCAAGAGGAGCCCCACUGGCACAAUGUGAGGAGAGCUCUAUCUAAAGACAAACAUGCACUUUGUUUCGCAUAAGGCCAAGUACGCAUGCUCAUAAACACAGGCAAUUUUCUUUGUGUUUUCCAAGUGUGGAUAUGAGAGCAGACAAUCAGAGAAACUGACAACAUACAUUCCAAAUAAAUAUGACACACAAUCAUACAGUAUGUGCUAGAAGUUCCUCUACUGCUGUACUCCAUUAAGUCCGUACUUUCAAGUGUACAUGAAGUGUAGAUCUCUGUGUAUCCUACCAUUUCUGCAUGCGUUGCAGAAGAAUGAGCUGCCGGUCCAUCCUCAAAGCCAUGCACACACAGUCAUACUACUAUCAUACUAGUCUGUGUAGUUCUGUGUGCUUGUCCUCUUUUCUGUACUAGUACUUAAAAGGUUUUUUUAAAAGCAAAAAUGACCUUUAUAAGUCUGCAGACCAGAGAAGCACAGAGCCAUGUCAAAUCUGACCAGACAACCAGAUUUGAUGUGCAUCAAUAACAAGGGCUUUGUGUGAUUGAUGGAGCUCAGGAGCAAAUUAAUGACAUAUAUCGGAACCAUGAUUACAUUUUUGCUUGAGUAAUAAAGCGAUAAUGGGAGUACUGUUACUGGUGGGUACUGUGGCAUACGGGUUAUGGCUUUCAGUUCUCUCAGUCCAAGUAACAAAGUAUAGGCAUCCUAAGAUGUGAGCCUAGGGACCUUGCAAAACCAUGAUCCAGUUGUGGCCUAUAAAGGAACAUAAAACGUGUCACAUGUCAAUCCUGUGAAUUUGAUUUGUCACGGCCAAACGAUUCAGCCACAUUGCCGGAGAAUUCCUGUUGUUUUUCUCUGAAUUGGGGCUGGUUAGGUUUUGGGGUGUCAAUUCAGAAGCGAUCAUACCACUGCCGUCCAUAUGGGACCAGAUGUAGCACGUCCUAUUAAUCUGCACAGUUUAAUGAAGACCACCAGGACUACAAAAUGAUGAUGGACAUCUCUUUGUAGCAUGAAUGAAUCAAAUGAAGGAGAUUAUUGAUUGUUUAGAAAGUUUCCCUUUAAGGACAGAGAAUGUGCCUCUUUGAAGGUGUAUUUAUCUAUGGAAAGUGCAUGAGACAAGUAAAUUUGUAAAUAUAAAAAUUAUAAAUCAGGGGCUACCGAGUAAUCUAAAGCACUCCUACAAGAGUGUUAUAUUUAUGUAGCCAUAAUAAUGUUUGUAAAUAUCUGUGAAUAUUAUACAAGAAAAUGGGAGUUUUAUCAGUUUUUUAUUCUCUCUUUCACCACUAGGGGGAGUCUUCCUAAGUUAUUCUCCCAUCUUUGAUGCUGACCAUUACGGAGCACCUAAGGGGACAUAGAGCAAAAAUUAAAUAAAGUUUAGUUUCGCGUGUGCACGUGAAACCUUUGCGUGCACACGUGAAACUAUCGUGUGCGCACGCAAAAAAUUUUUUUUAAUUCUGCACAUGAAGGUUUCAUGUGAGCACAUGAAACUCAACUUUUGAUUUUUUUACUCUAAUGUCACCUUAGGGGCUUGAUAGCCAUUUUUAAAUGCCACUGACAUAUAAAAAACAUUGAAUCUGUCUUACUUUCUGUAUUUAUUUAUUUGUUAUUUCACAUAUAUUUGUAACAUUACACCAAGCAAAGUGAAGGUAACUCCCUGGAUUAUGUACAAUAUGUCACUUUUCUGACAUCUAUCUUAGUCUGCACUGACUAAUAAACAGGUACACGUAACCCCAUGAUCAUAAUUCUCCAAAUCCUUAUUCUGUUCCUGUGUCAGUUUGUGGAGAUUGUUUGAGACAAACCCUCGCCCUAGCAAUCUACCACAGUUUCUUUUAUCAAUAACUUGUUUAAUAUUCAUAAAAAUAACAAAUGAUUUAGUGUCGCAGGAUCUUGGUUGUUUAUUUUGAAUAAUGAAAUAUGUUCAUUGAUGUACAGAUAUGUUGUAUUCUAAGUUUCUAUUUUUAUAAUUUAUAUAUGAUGAAGAUAAAUGUACAUUUUCUUUUUUUUAAACAUUUAUUGGAGGUGUUUGUUUGUUGAAUGGCUGUAUGUGUGAAUGCCUUGUGAUGCUAUUUGGAAAAUAAAAUAAAAACUACCUCUUAAAAUAA